GGCACCAGGGACAAAGUGUGAGAUAAAUGGUGUUGGGAUUGGUGAUUUAAAAAACCUUGAAUCACUUCUGUUCCACUUUUAUUUAUUUAUCAAGUGUGCACACCAACGGGGAGCACUGAAGGGCAGAGCUGGCUACGAUUUUUGAAAAAGUAUUUUCGUCUGUUUCAAGGACUAUAUUGGUCCUAUUUUUGUCUCAAGUUGGUGUCCUAACGUGAUUUCUAAAUCACCGCAAGCCAUGAGUUCCUUGGUAAUGAACACAGUAGGAGAUGGCAACGGCAGCUUUGACCUCAUCCAGAACCGGAUUGAGUCACUUAGCAGCAAAAUGGACAAGCUCAUCAACAUUCAAGAAAAGGUCCUCAACCGGCUAGAUGGGAUGUCUCAGGACAUAGACGGCAUUGAAAAGGAUAUGGAGAAUCUGAAAGUUGACCAGGAGGAGAUCCAUAUCCCACCAAAGAUGAUGAAUCAGACGCAGAUCAUGGGUCGAGAAGUUAGGGAGAUAUGCCAGGAGAUGAGCACCAUAAUGUCGGUGGUGAACCAGCGGUCCGAGCUGCAGGCUAACAAGCUUGAAGGAAUGGAAAAGCUGGUCCUCAACAUGCAGCAAGUGAUCAGCUUUAUUGGGGAGACGGUGAAGAGUUCUAGGGUUAUGAAGCUGAUGUUCAAAGGCCCUGCAACUCGGAAGGGCUCCAAAUCCAAAGACAAAGCCAAGCAAGCCAAUAAAAGGAAAUCAUCUGACACAAUAAACAAGAAGCUUGACCAGAAACCUACCUCUAAUAAAGCCAAUAAAGGGAAACAAGACAUAAUUCCUGCAUGUGAGCCCAGUUCUCUACAGACUUCUCACAAGAUAAAGCUUCAUGGACCAAAGCGUUACCUCGCCUCUCGCAAAUAUGGAAACUUAUUGAAGGACCACAAAGCUAAAGAUGGGACAGAUAAACCCUCUUUGAGCCCUAAGGGCCUGAAGGCUCAGAAGAAGAUGAAGCCUCCAGACACAACAGAAAAUAUCUCCCUUAAGAAGCAGGUGCUGCUCUUCGAAGAGGUGCAGAAACUCAACAGGGAGAAUGCACAGAAGUCAGGUCACAAGACUACCACUGCAUAUCUGGAUCUGGAGGCCGGAGUGUCCCCUAAAAGUCAACAACCUGACUCGCCUGCUUGCAACCUGGUUGACCUCCUGCGUGAAGAUUCCCAAACAGAUAUGGGUGAGAAACACAAGGCGGUUAGUGAGGAGGAAGAACCACAGCUGGAUGUGCAGGAUGUGGUGAAAGAGGAAGAAAAGCUCCCAGAAGAAAAGAAGGAAGAGGAAGCAUCUGAUGAACAAGAGCUGCCUGAGGCAAAUGGGGAUGAAAAAGAGAACACAAGUGAUGAGCACAAAGAUGCCUCCACAUCUCCAGAGGCUGAGCAGGACCAGAUAUCAGAAGUCAGCACAGGUACCAUGUUGUGUCUGACCAAGGAACACUUCAUAGUGGAGGAACACACCGAGGGGAAGCUGGAGGAUGAAGAGGAAGAGGGCUGGGCUGUCUUCAGCACAGAUGGCAUGGAUUUCCAGUUAAACCUAAAACAAAGGGUCGAGAGAGCGAGAGAGGAAAUGGAUGAAGAAAAGGAAGAUGAUGAAGAUGAAGAUGAAGAUGAAGAGGUAGAGCGGUACUUCAUUGACACCAGUCUUCCUCCAUCGGCCCCUUUUAAUCACCGCAUUGUUUCUGCCAAGCCCAACCAGAUCAUCAACUUCUACACCAUCAACUGGCAGGAGGUCCUGGGCGGGGGUCGUUUUGGCCAGGUGCACAAAUGUGUUGAAAACUCCUCUGGUCUCACUUUGGCAGCAAAGGUCAUCAAAGCCAGGAGCAUCAAGGAAAAGGAGGUGGUGAAGAAUGAGAUCCAGGUCAUGAAUAAUCUGGACCAUGCCAGCCUGAUCCAGCUCUAUGCAGCUUAUGAGUCAAGGAAUGACAUCAUCCUUGUACUUGAAUAUGUUGGUGGAGGGGAGCUGUUCGACAGGAUAAUCGACGAAAACUACACUUUGAUGGAGCUGGACGCUGUACUGUUCAUCAGGCAGAUCUGUGAAGGACUGCAGCAUAUGCACAAAAUGUACAUCCUACACUUGGACUUAAAGCCUGAAAACAUUCUGUGUGUGAGCAGAAUCACAAAUAAGGUCAAAAUCAUCGACUUUGGCCUUGCUAGGAUAUACAAACCCCGUGAAAAACUGCGAGUUAAUUUUGGCACCCCGGAGUUUCUCGCUCCUGAAGUCAUCAACUACGACUUUGUGUCGUUCAACACAGACAUGUGGAGCCUCGGGGUCAUUACCUACAUGCUUCUGAGCGGUCUCUGUCCCUUCCUUGGCGACGAUGACAACGAGACUCUGAACAACAUCUUGGCCUGCAAGUGGAACUUUGACGAACAAGAGUUUGUAGAUACAACUGAAGAAGCCAAAGACUUCAUCUCUAAACUCCUUAUUGUGAAUAAAAGUUGGAGGAUAGGGGCAUCUGAGGCCUUGAGACAUCCUUGGCUAUCUGACCCCGCCCUUCAUCAUCGCCUUCAUACAAAGAAAACUAUGUGCAAAUCUCGGAGAUCAUCGUGUGUGCCCCAGAAUGACAGCUGAGGGCGACAGUGAUGUGAUGGCUUGAGCUGCGGCCACUUGGACCAACCCUCCUGUCCACGUUAAUUUUCAGGCUACCCUACAUGUGAUCCAAUGAUGCUGUGCUAAUGUAAGCAAUAUUCAAAAACGCAUACACAGAAAAAUCAAUUUGUGAAUUUAGGAUUUAUAACUGGAUCACCCGGCAUUAGACUGUACCUUUAUAAAAAAAGAAUGUGCAAUUUAUGAUUGCAGAAAAUAUCCUAUAACAUCAAAUGGCACCUCAACUGUUUUGGUUUAUCGUAUAUAGCGUUUCAAAAAACAUGUCAUAAUCUUAAAACCUAAUUUCUUCAUGUAAUAUCAUAUAAGAGCUUGAUUGUGUGUGGCAUCUGUGCCUUUAAAGUUGAAUGUGCUCUAUGUACUUUACAUUUGAAAUAUCCACCCAGUGAGGCACUCUCAUUGUUCUCUAACCAAAUACACUGUGCUGUUAUUGUUCGCUGCUUUUGUAUCAAGGAUACAUCAUGUGUUGUAUUAGCUGAAUCUAAUAAUAUAAGUUGCAUUUCUCCCCUCUCAGUCACAAAUAAUAUCCAAUAUAUGAUUCAUGCUGUAAAUAAUUGCUCCUCUGUAGAUUUAAAUUCAAAUGUGCUAAUAUCUUAGGGGAUGGUCUCCAUUAAAUUGGUGGAUGUGUAUUGUACGUAUGAACAGAAUGGGAUUUGUACGAUCGGUGUCAUGAGCUGUAGUAUGUGCACUUUAUAAAGUUAUUUAUUUAAACAUAUAUUAUACAUGAAGCUACAUAGUUCCAUUGGAAAAGCUUGUGUGGUCAGAUGUACUCAUAUCCUACUUUGUCUGGGUGUAAUAAAGAAAACAGUUUUACUUUACAUCAAACCAACACAGUUUAUGUCUUAUCACCUACUGUAUUAUUUAAUUAUUUUGUGCAUGUUUUCUAUGUAUAUUUAUCCAUUGAAACUUAAACUAGAUACACAUAGAAAUAUAUUUUAUAAACUUUUUUUCACUCUAGCUGCAUAUUCAUGCUACUGUAGAUGCUUUUUCACAUAAAACAAAGAUAUAACUAAAAUGCCUUCUGUGAAGGUUCCCUAACUGAAAGUAAUAGACUACCUACCUAACAUUGCCUACAAUGAUACAAUGUUGUUAGACCUAUAUUUAUGUGGUUUUAAUUUAACUUCAUUAUGAAUGUGACUUUAAUUGUUGUUGAACACAGAGUGCUAGUAAAAUAAGUUGUCCUCACGCAGUGUUAACAAUUUCAGUGUGUACACAUCCAAUAAACUGAAAUUGAGUCUUGA